ACUGUAAGUAUAAUAUGUAUUAUUAUUAUUAUUAUUAUAGACAGCAUUGAUAGUCCAGUUUGAUUCAUUUUUUAAUAUCCCUUUCUCUUCCAGACAUCAUGAAAGCUCUGUUCAAAAGUCUCUAUUUGAGUCUGGCAUGCAUUAUCUCCACGGCUAUGUUAAAGAGGGCAACAAACUGUGUAUUUAAAAAAAAAAAAAGAAUAAUAAUUAAACACUGACAUUCAAGAAGGUUCUGUUGUGAAAAUGUUGUUUCUGAGACCUAAUUUAUGGCCACCCUCAUCAUUUUAUCUCUUGGAAAAGCCUCAUCCUCUGGGGUGCUGUGAUCAUUUUCCCAUGCAUCUCACUAUUCAGAUUCUAGUUUCCUGAUGCCAAUCUCAAUCCUAAUUUGAAAUCUUGAGUUUUUGUAUGGUGGAUUACAGGUAGUCUUUUUGAGCUAUUUGGGUAUCUGCCUUGAAAUCCACUGAGGUUUGCUUGUAUGUUGUCUGGUUCAUGGUUAAGUUGCACAUGAAGGAUGUGAAGAUGUUGACGGAGAAGAAAAUGUACUUGGCCUUCUGGUUGGAGAGCUACGCCCGACGGGAACCGGGGAUUCCCCUCACAGUGAUCUUUGACAUGUCCGAAGCGGGUUUAAGCUGCGUUGUAAGAUGUCUGCUCUCCUCUCAUUCCCCUCUAGCUGAUUUGUUUUGUGGAACUUGGUAUCAAUGUCCAAACAUUGUGUUAACAAGUCACUGAGUGGAUCUUUACACACUAAUGCUUGUCUUUGGUUUCCUUUUCAACUACCGUUGGGAAGACACCAAGGACAUGGAUUUGAUCAAAUAUAUAAUCAAUUGCUUCCAGGUGUAUUACCCUAGAUUCUUUUCCAAAACAAAAUGCUCAAGUACGAGAUGCCAUGGAUCAUGAAUGUACCCAAUCAAAUUCAGUUACCCACCAUUGCCUGAUGACGUCUUCCAGAACCCCACACCAGAGACUGGACAAGAGGAUGACACAGAGUCAAAGGAUGAUGACCAGGAGGCCAAGGACACUCUGGUAUACUUGGCACAGGAUGGGGACAAUGAUGGCUCCAUCAGAUGGAAAGGAUCCCGUAGGCCAACCAUCACUUUCAAAGGCAACUUACACUAUAUCAGUCCUGAUGAUUUGUGCUUUGGCCACAGAGAGGGUGAGAAGAGAUGUCUGAUCAUGCUUAGUAAUGUCACCAAAAACCAAGUGGCCUUCAAGGUGCGGACCACAGCCCCAGAGAAGUACAGGGUGAAGCCAAGCAGUAGCAGUUGUGGGGCGGGCGAGAGUAUGGAAAUCACUGUGUCCCUGCAUGGAGGGUUCCUGUGUUCUCCUCAGGAUCGCUUCUUAAUCAUGGCUGCUGAGAUGGAGCCACGUAGCGGUGGGGGGAGCACAGACCUCGCCCAGUUCUGGAAGGGUGUCCCAGAGGCUAAAAUAAUGGAGCACAGGCUGCGGUGUCGCAUGCUGGAGGGCAUCAAGUCGGCACUCAGCCCUUUGACUGACAGGUCUCACAAAAUGGAGAUCAAUGGCUACCAAGACAAGCACACCAUGGUCUUUCAGUAGAUGGCCAGCAGCUCCAGGCUGGAACAGAAGAUGGACUGCUGCCUGUGGUGGCAGAAGCUCUUGACUGUACUGGUGACUGCACUGACGGCCUUGGGCUUCUCCGCCCUCUACAUACAGUACACUGGGGAGUGGCCAUUUUGAAACUUUCCUACAGUGGAGGAAGAAGACCAAAGACCAGUUACAGUGGAGUCAGGAUGAAAGUGGAUUUCUGAUUGGAGCAGAAAUAUGAGGAACUACUCGCAAUCCAAUCUAUGGCUUUUGGACACUGAAUUUAAUUAUAUUUCCACACUAUCAGGUUGGAAUAAUACUGUGAAAUUAUGAAAGUAAUAAUAAUGCCCUUUUAGUGUAAGAGCUGUUUGAGUGGGUGAUGGCUAGAAGGGAUCUAGCUUUUGUCAAAUUAACGUUAGACUUCACUUUUCGUAGCAGGUUAGGAAAAUUAGGUUAUGGUUGGAAACAUUUUACAUUAAUUUGACAAAAGCUGGAGCCCUUCUCGCCAUGAUCGUUUUGAUGGUAUGGAGUUUUAGCCUGCCUGGUGACCAUGUUUUCAGUUCAAAUCACAGUAAGGUACUUAAUUGUUACCCAGAAAAUGAUUUGAUAUUGAGAUAAAAACAGCUGCAUUGGACCUUUUUAACCUAUCUUCUGAAUUAUGUCUAACUAGAACUAUUUACUAUGGGUUAAUAUGAAUGGAAGACCAGGGAUAUAAUUUUAUAGCCAACAUGUCAUCUUGGUGUUUUCACAGUGUAAUUUACGUUAGUUGUUACAUUGUAACAGUCCUGUAGCAUUUCCCCCCCCCCCCCCCCCCCCCCCAUUUAGCUGAAGAAGCAGAACCAGCCAACUACCUACAUGCACUCCAUGAAAUAAACACAUUUAUUGAUUUGAUUAAAAGAUAAUAACACUCACUCACUUCUCUCCCAUUGUCACCAAUGCAAAAUAAUUGUGCUCUGAUGCACAUUCUGAGAUAUUUACGGAAGUAAUCAAUGGGUUGUUGUUUUUUAAACCACCUGUCUGUCACUAUGCAGUCCACAUCCAACUCACUUCAAGGGAUUGGGAGUGACACGUUCAUACAUUUUUCUGAACGAAAUAGGCAACGUUGUUUUUAAUUGGUCUACUCUACUGCACAGUGUGUGUGGUUGGCAUCUCUUGGCGGAGGACCCCCGCCUUGAGCAGAUGGCGCCGGGGUGACCUUUCACCUCCGCUGAUGUGACAGGCGUUCUGGAGGGAGGUGUAGAUGGGGAGAGAAACAAACGUUCUUCUGCCAACACCUCCACUGAUUAGCUGGGGACAUGGCGGCUUGGUGAUACACCUCAGACAAAGAUAGACGAUUUAAUGGCUGACACGCAUUCCGUGUGACAGAUGUGGUCACAAGGUGUUUUUUUCUCUCACUGGUAGUUUGCUUGUGUAAUUAUCUUGACUGUUAUUGUACUAAUUGAGUGUGAUUCACUAUUUGACUCCCCCUUUGAUGCUGAGGUACGGCCUUCCAAGAACAGAUGUAGAGAUCUACAGCAACUGGCACAUUAGAUAAAGUAUGUGUGAUUGUUAAGUGGUGAUCGUAUUGCCCCCAUCUUCUAUUUGUCAUUGUUGACCAUGGUUCUGUAGCUUAAACCAUUUUAUUAUACUUCUAUUGGACACUUUGGAGACUAAUGAACUGUAAUAUCAGCCAUUGGUCGGUCUUGGCUUGAAACCA